UUUACAAACAGAAUCCGUGUCCUGACGCCGAGCUCUCUCCGCCCUCCCAUUGGAUCCGAAACCCACGCGAAAAACUCGGGACGGGAAAAAAUCGCGAGGAAAGGGAACGCGCGGAAGGGAAACGCAGUCCCGGGCUCGAGACGAAACCCUAACCCUAGCUCAGCCCCGCGCCUCGCCGGAGGCCUCCCCCGACGACGCUGCCUCCGCCGGGGGCUCCGGCGGCGAUGCACCACUUCCCGGACGAGGCGUUAUGAGCGGGGACAUGGCUCGCGCCGAGGUCUCGCCCGAGGGGGCGGCCCCUGGUUUCGGGGUCGACCUGUACGCGCAGGCCACGAAGGCGCUGGCCCUGCGCACGCCGUUCGAGGGCGAGGAGGGGGCGCCGAGGAUCCCCACGCUGCCCGCGCGGCUCGUGAGCUGGUCGGGGCCGGGGGACGCGCGGAAGAAGCAUAAAAAGCUUCAGCCUCCUCCUCCUGAGGAUGUUGCUGCCGAGCAUCCGCCGCAGGAAACUGUAGCGCGCCCUGCAAAGGCAGGCGUGUGGGAGCAGUUUGAGCCGUAUUUCCGUCCAGUGACAUUGGCUGAUGUCGAAAUGUUGAGGCCAAAGUUCCCAUUCGGCUACGGCAAGCUUGACUCAUGUCUGCUAGUACCAUUUCUGGGCAGUGGCAAAGAAUCAAUGCACAACGUUGAGACAUUUGACGUGGCUGUCGCUGAAACAAGCUCGUAUUUGGGUGUGGGUGGUGAAGAAGUGGUCAGUACCAGAGAGCGCAGUGAGCAAAGUGGGCGUCUGAUUAGUCAGAAAGAGAGGAGUGAGCAAAGCAUGGAGCAGGACAUACAUGACGUGGUUGUGCAACAGAUGGUCAGUGGCAGAGUGCUCAACAGGCAAAGCAGAGAACAGGGCAUACAUGAAGUGGCUGUACAACUAGGGGAGCGACCAUUUGAAGCAGAGCAAGCCGGGAGCAGCAGUGGCAUUUUUUCAGCACUACGUGGAGAGGAGGAAGGAACUUCACUGAAUUGGCUGCUAGGAGCAAAGGGCCGGUUUGUUCUCACUUCAGAACGACCCAACAAGAAGAGGAAGCUCUUGGGUGCGAAUGCUGGGUUAGAGCAGCUUGUUCAGCUUCCGCACUUGGGAGCUGAGGCUUCUUCAAGCUGUGACGUUUGCUGUCUAGGAGAGAGUGCCAUGGAGUCCAAUAGGAUACUUAACUGCAGCAACUGCAAUGUAUCAGUGCACCAGAAGUGUUACGGUUUACAUGUUGUGCCAGAUGGGAAAUGGUUGUGUGCUUGGUGUACGUAUUUGGAGUCGACAGGGCGGUUGUCAAAUAAAGAUGCUGGCAGCACCCCAUCAAUGCCUUGUGUUCUAUGCCCAAAGGAGAAAGGGGCUCUGAAGCCUGUAAAAGUGGAGCCUACUCGAAAUGCAGGUGUUGGCCACCUAAAAUUCGUGCACUUGUUUUGUAGUCUGUGGACACCUGAGGUUUUUGUGGAGGACAUGAAAUCAAUGGAACCUGUAACUAAUCUCGGAAAUGUCCAAGAUAAUCGUAUGAAGUUGGUAUGCAGUAUUUGCAAGGUUAAGCAUGGUGCAUGCAUUCGGUGUACCCAUGGGACAUGCCGGACGCCUUUUCAUCCUAUAUGUGCAAGAGAUUCAAAGCAUCAAAUGGAGAUCUGGGGGAAACCUGGACAUCCUAAUGUUGAGUUGAAAGCAUUUUGCUCAAAGCAUUUCGCAGUUGGAUACAUCAACUCUGUAGAGAAAAGUAACAAUGCUUCUGAACAGAGCCCGACAGAAGUGAGGUCAAAUAAUACAAAUCGUGUCUCUGGGAAAAUUCCAAAACUAAGAUUCACACGCAAAAACAAGGACAGAUUCAUGAGCUGUGAAACCAGUAGCUCUAGCUCUGGUAACCUGAUCAGAGUAGAGACUAUCCAGCAAGGUGUUUUUCCUCACAUGGUUACAAAUGCAAACACUCAACCAAUCCGAAGCAUGGAAACAGAUACUGAUCCCUCUGUUGGUGGGGAUUUUAUGAGAAGUUCUGGUGAUAUUGCGGUAUUGCUUAGAAAGCUAAUUGACAGUGGAAAGGUUAGCGUUGGUGAUAUAGCGUCCGAAGUGGGUAUAUCUUCGGAAUCCUUGGAAGCUGCUCUCGUGGGUGAAACUACCACUUUUUCCCAUGGUUUGAAGUUGAAGAUUAUAAAGUGGCUUGAAAAUUCUGCGUAUAUACAUGGUGUUCAAGAAAGGACUCUUAAAAGGAGCUCAUUGGUGGUGCAAGAUGACAAACCAGAUUGGUCUGAUGCCACAUAUACUGUUGAUGUGAAGAGUCCGUUGGUUCCAGAAAGUGACAAAGGUGCACUUGUUGACGUGUUGGAUUCUAUUGUAAUCAAGCCCUCACCAACAAGAUCUAAAAGCAACAAUAAGGUUCUGAAAGAUAAAAACACAGCAUGUGCAACUGGUGUAGCUAUUUUGCAAAAUGGAGACAAGAGUGCGGUUAACAAAGGGGCUAAUCUUGAGUGUUCCCCUGCUGAAAAUUUUGAAAAAGAAUCUACUAAGGAGUUUUCUUCGAUCGGCAGCAAGGAUAUUUCAAAUGAAGAACAUGGGAAAUUGAUACUGAACAACACCUCUGGAAUUAAAGAAUUUGGUACUUCCACGGAGAUACCAAAUGAAAAUCAAGGUAUAUUACUCGGAAGGAAAAGCAAUGAUUUGACUGAGGCUGAACUUGGCUCAGAAUUGGAGGAAGGUGUAUCUUCACUGGAUAAUUGUUUUUCUCAGGGUGAUAAUGCUAGAGAUGGGGAAAAUUCAGUUGAAGAUGACAUCGGAACUCCUUGUGAUCAUGAUUCAAAUUGCUUUCAUGGACAACCUUUCUUUAUCUUUGAUGGUUCACAUUCUUAUAUUCAUCCAUUCAUUAAGGAAAAGAUGACCCAUCAUUGGGACAUUACUUUCAAGCAGAAUAACGAGGCACCAUAUCAUCAUGUAGAAGAACCAUCGUAUCCUUCCCAUGAGAAAGUACCUGUUGAUUCCUCAGUAAAACUUGAGGAUACAAUAGAAACAACUGCAGCAGAUCAAGUAUUGAAAGCAAAAUCCUUGAAAAUUACUGAGCAUUCACCUGAUGAUGAAGUAGAGGGGGAGAUGGUAUACUUACAAGCUCGGCUGCUUGACAAUGCCGUUGUUCUGAAGCACAGAUACGAAGAUUUGAUAGCAAAGGUUGUCCAGAAUCUUUCUCGCGAGCUGGAUGCUUUCAGUAAAAGAAAAUGGGACCUUAUUCUUGUGAAUCAGUUUCUUCGUGAUGUUAGAGAAGCUAAGAAACGUGGGCGCAAAGAAAAGAGACAUAAGGAAGCCCAAGCUGUACUAGCUGCAGCUGCUAUUGCAUCCUCCUCACGGAAUUCAACUGUGAGAAAAUAUGCAAAGGAUGAUGUGGCACCUGAGAGUUCUCCAAAACUUCUUGCUGGAUCUUCAAGAGUUGGCCAGCGGACUUCUUCGUUGCCACGGACUAAGGAUUCAUCAAAGUCAUCCAACAGCAAAGUAUCACAAGAUAAUAACUUCGGCAGUUUCGAUAUGCCGAUUUUCUCAAAAGAAAAUGUACUCUACUGUGAUGUUUGCAUGCGAAGUGAGACUGUGUUGAACCGAAUAUUUGUCUGCUCCAGAUGCAAGCAGGCUGCUGUCCACAUAGAUUGCUACAGAAAUCUGGAGAAUUCUAUUGGUCCCUGGAACUGUGAACUUUGUGAGGAUGUUUCAUCAGAAGCUGCAGUCACUAGUAACCAAUCAGAUUGUAAUGGCAGGAAGUUAUCCUUCGCGCGGUGUGGUAUGUGCCAUGGCACAUCUGGUGCUUUUAGAAAGACUGCAGAUGGGCAGUGGGUUCAUGCUUUCUGUGCUGAGUGGCUGUUGGGCACCAAGUACGUGAGGGGACAAGAUAGUCCUAUAGAAGGAAUGGAAAGCCUUGCAGAGGGAAAAGUUACUUGUUGUGUCUGCCUCCGCAAUGUUGGCAUGUGUUUAAGGUGUAAUAGUGGGGACUGCGACAUAACUUUUCAUCCUACUUGUGCCAGAAGCUCUGGUUUCUACAUGAACACAAAAGGGCUUGGUACUAUGUUACAGCACAAAGCAUAUUGCGGCAAACAUAGCAUAGAGCAGAAAGAGGCUGAUGCGCAACAAUAUGGACCUGACGAGCUCAAGAUCAUGAAACGGAUGAGGGUUGAAUUGGAAAAACUGCGCCUUUUGUGUGAGAGGAUAAUUAAGAGAGAGAAGGUGAAGAGAGAGACGGUUCUGUGUGACCAUGACAUACUUGCCAAAACGAAGGACACUGUUGGUUUCUCUUACCUUGCUCCCAGAGCAAGUUCAGAAUCUGCCACUACUUCAGUUAACAAAACGUACAGUGGAACCGUGCAAAAAUCUGAUGAUGUCACAGUGGACAGUACUAUUUCUGGGAAAAAGACCAUAAGGUUUUCUUUGAAUAACACACAUGCUGAGGGAAACACAGCUGAUAGCUUGAGGACAUUGAUAUCAUUUAAACGUAAGUUGAGUGAGAGGGGAUCACUUGCCUGUAAGCAACCUCCACAGAGACCAGCUAUUGCCUCACAGAAACUAGAAGAUGGAGAAAAGAAGACAAAAGAUAUGAAGAGGGAAGCUUUUCAAAAGGAGCUUGUUAUGACAUCUGAUCAAGCUUCUACACAGAACCAACGCCUUCCAAAGGGGUAUGUCUAUGUUCCUCGGGAUUCUCUAUCUAAAGAGAAGCCACAGGAUCGAAAUACACAGGCUCAUAAUCUGCAAGAACCUGGUGGAUAGGAGCAGUUGAGAUCAAGCUGGUUUAUUCUCUCAUGGAAGGCAACGAAACAGUUUGCAAGCUUGGUUUUCACAACUGAAAACCACAAGCAGCACGGGCCUGGCCAGUGUUAUUGCCACAAGGGUUACAGGCAAGCAGUGAUCUUUUGGACCCAAGUUGUACAAUGGCGCAUGGAGUUAUUAUAAAUGAAUGUAUGGUGUGGCACCGUAACAAGAAGGCUUGGCCCCAUCGAGGUCACUCGGAUGAACUGCAAUGUGGUUGGAUUCAUUUACCUGGGCUAUACCAAAAAGAGCAUAUCAACUGUAUAUAUGGAUUGUCGUUUAGGGUGCAGAUUUUGUAAAAUUUCUCUGUACAUUCGUUCCAUUGCAAAUGGUAGCUUAGUUAUGCCAAAGAAAAAAGAAUUACCAAUUCUUUUUGGUUGUACAAGUGGUCGAUUAGCAUGGGCCAGGACAAACUUCAGCAGCGGUGUUAACCAGCAAGAUUGGACAGAAGCGUUUGCUUGAGACAUGUUGACCAGCAAGAUUGGACAGAAGCGUUCGCUUGAGCCAUGUUUUUAGUGAUAGAGACGGUGCCCAAAAUUAAGGUCCAGCUACUACUGUUCGGCAGCUACUUGCUGGUGAUAUGUGGUGUCAUACAGGCUGAGGAACAUCUUUUAGCUGACUGGUGGCUUGCUGAGAGCUCUUUUUUUUGGGGUUGGGGGGGGUGGGGGGACAUAGUUGUCUAUUUAGAUGUCAAGAUAACAGCAAUGGGCAAGUAGACCUGUAAGUUCUUAAGUGGAAUUAGGUGCUGUAGUUGAUUUUUCAACUUAUAUGUUUGUAACUUAUCUGAGACUGGCCUUUUCUGCGUGCCGUCCAGAUUGUAACCUUGGUUAAGCAUUGCUUGUGCACAAUGUCGAUUGGGUACUGCAGAAGUCACAUUUGGUCAGAUGGUAGGGGUUCAUACAUUAAUUUGUUUUGCCUCAACUGUAAAGCUCGUGCUUAGUACAUAUUUUCAUCUGUUCGUUACCA